AGAGGCCGGGAAGCGGGGCGGCACGGGUCCUCCAAAUGCCAGGGGGCGCUGCCCCUUCCCCGUCCCGCCGCCAGGGCCACCCUGCUCCGGCCUCGGCAGCGCGGUUGCUAAGGAGCUGAGCGGGAGCGCGGCCCGGGGAGCGGGGCCCCGGCGCGGGGUCCGGGAAGAAAUUUCUUUGUGACUCCAUGACUUCAAGAUUUCUAACCAUGCGCCAAUUGACUAUGGCCAUUUUACACCAUCCCAAGUCCCAAAGUAAGGUAUCUAUAUGGUCUUUGACUUUGAUAUUUGGGCUUUCCAAACCCAAAUGCAUAUCCAGAAUAUUCAAAAGGAUAAGUGGUGAAUUAACAAGGUAAGUUUUCUCAGGAAGAUCAAGCUCCCAAGCUUGGUGAGGGGUAUGGACACUCUCAAAAGAUGCCAAGCAAGCCAGUGAUGAUGGAUCCUAAGCAUUCAGUUUCCCAACAAUCAGUAGCCUGUGUGAGUCCACAAUCUGACACAAUGCUAAAAGGAGAAGGGCUGAAGAAUGAUUUGCCUGAAAGGACUGAGCCUUGUGGGAACACUUCAGAGUUUCCUUUCAAUAGACUCUUAAGACUUACGACUGAGGAAAUGAAAUUUAACAUGAAGAUCAAAUCCAUCACCCCCAAACCACCCAGAAAACCAAAGCUGGAGCGAACAUUUUCCUUAGAUGAGAAAGGCUGGAGGAGAAGGCGUUUUAAAACAAGUCACGAAAGUCUGACAGACCCUAAUGAGACAGUUUCAUCUUCUGGCUCCCUAAAAGAGGUGACUCCAAGUCCUCCAACUUUGACUACAUUAGUUCAUGAUGGCAAUCAUACUUCUCUUAAUCUCAACUGCCUACAUAGCACCUCUUUGCAGGAUAUUCCUGAACCAAAAGACAUAGGAAAUAGUACAAAUCCACCUUCCUCCUUGGAAAUUAUUCCUUCCACUGUGAAAAGUGGUUCUCUGGAACUUGUGGAUGGUGUUACAGCUUCAGGAAAUAAACCUAGAUUUUCCAAAAUAUUGCCACCAUUAGCACUUCCCCCUUUGGAAUUGAAUGUAGCAUCUGAAACCCUAAGGACAGCUAAUAAAAUUGACCCAGAUUAUGUAAAUUAUAAACAUCAUGCUCAGAGUAAAUUGCUCAGGCCAGAUAGUAGCCUGAGUGAUGGUAGAUUACAAAGCAGUGUGGUUUGCGAUAACUGUUCCACGACCUCUGUGAAGUCCUCCUUCAGCCUUCUUACACCCAUUCACUCAAAGGAUAUCAGAAGCAGGGCCUAUAUGGAAGGAAGCCUCUUAACAAGUGGUGCCUUGUUGGGAGCAAAUGAACUAACCCGAUACUUUCCAGAUCGGAACAUGGGACUCUUUGUGGCCACAUGGAACAUGCAGGGUCAGAAGGAACUUCCAAAUAACCUGGAUGAUUUUUUAUUACCUUCUGAAGCUGACUAUGUCCAGGACAUGUACGUUUUAGGAGUACAAGAAGGCUGUUCAGACAGGCGGGAAUGGGAGAUCCGGCUUCAGGAAACAUUGGGACCUCACUAUGUAAUGUUGUACUCAGCGGCCCAUGGUGUACUAUACAUGUCAGUAUUUAUAAGACGGGACCUCAUCUGGUUCUGUUCAGAAGUGGAAUAUUCAACAGUAACAACUCGAAUUGUGUCUCAGAUUAAAACCAAAGGGUCAUUGGGAGUCAGUUUCACCUUUUUUGGCACCUCUUUUCUCUUUAUCACAUCUCACUUCACUUCUGGUGAUGGGAAAGUAUCUGAUCGACUGUUAGACUACAGUAAAACUAUCCAAACACUUACACUUCCAAAGAAUGUCCCAGAUACAAACCCAUAUCAAUCUAGUUCUUGUAAUAGGGAGCUAAUGAGCCUUCUAACAUUUGCUUCAGUGGAUGUCACAACUCGAUUUGAUGAAGUAUUCUGGUUUGGAGACUUCAAUUUUCGGCUGAAUGGUGGACGAAUGGCAGUAGAGUCAAUCCUGAAACAGAAUCUGGAGAUGAAUAUGUCAGAACUACUUCAGCAUGACCAGCUUAUUAAAGAAAUGAAGAAAGGAUCAAUUUUCAAGGGGUUCAGGGAAGCAGACAUUCACUUUUUCCCUUCAUAUAAAUUUGAUGUUGGAAAGGACAGCUAUGAUAGCACUUCCAAGCAGAGGACGCCUUCUUAUACAGACCGAGUUGUAUAUAAAAGCCGACAAAAAGAUGACAUCUACCCAGUCAAGUAUUCUUCCUGUCCUGGAAUUAAGACCUCUGAUCACCGCCCAGUAUAUGGUCUGUUCCGAGUAAAAGUGAGACCUGGGAGAGACAACAUUCCUCUAGCUGCUGGCAAAUUUGAUCGAGACCUCUAUUUAUUAGGAAUUAAAAGACGCAUUUCAAGAGAACUUCAAAAGCAGCAAACACUUAAAGACCAAAAAUCCAGUAUGAUUUGUACUAUUUCCUGAGAAAGCUGACCUCUCAAGAACCUGACAAGCCAACAGUAAGGGAAGAUCACCCCAGCAGGCCAAAGGAAUACAUCAAUCUGUGUAUGAAGAAAGCUCGCUGUAAAAUACUAUUCCAUCUUUAGUGACCCAUGAAGACUAUCUUAAAUGUUGCUCUGUUCUCUGUAUCUUACCAAAAAAACUGUAGCACACUGGCUGUGAAAACUCAGUAAUGAUGGGGGAUCUCAUCAGUGUCCCAGGAAGGACAGGUGUUCUGAGAACAAUUUGCAUUCCUUGUAAAUAAAUAAAUCACUUCUCUAUUUGUAGUACUUCCAUUAUGAAUAAGGCAAAUUAUCAUUACUGACAUUUCAGAUAAUUCUAGCAUAUUAAUACAAUCAUUGGCACUCUG